AUGACCCAAAACACCAAACUCACUUUCAAGCUGAACAGCGGUGCUUCCAUACCAGCCGUUGGCCUGGGCACAUGGCAGGGCAAGCCCAACGAGGUCAAGGAUGCAGUCAAGUACGCACUGCAGCAUGGUUACAGGCACAUUGAUACCGCGCUCAACUACGGCACCGAAAAGGAGGUUGGUCAAGGUAUUCGAGAGUCGGGCGUGCCUCGCGACCAGAUUUGGGUGACGACGAAGCUCGACAACACGUGGCACCGCCGUGUCAUGGAGGGCUUCGAGAAGUCCUUGAGCGACUUGGAUAUCGACUAUCUAGACUUGUAUCUCGUCCAUUUCCCCUGCUCAACCGACCCCAACGAUGCCAGCAAGCACUUGCCAGAUUGGGACUAUAUCAAGACUUGGCAAGAGAUGCAGAAACUCCUCGACACUGGCAAGGUCAAGAAUAUCGGCGUAUCCAACUUCCAGAUCAGCCAUCUCGAGAAGCUUCUGAACGACCCAUCAUGCAAGGUUGUGCCAGCGGUCAAUCAGAUUGAGCUGCAUCCUGCCAACCCAUCACCCAAGCUGCUCGACUUCUGCAAAUCUAAGGGCAUCCACUGCACCGCUUACUCAUGUCUCGGUGGCACUAUCGGCUCAGCGAUCAACAAUUCAGGCCCACUAAUGGAGGAGGCUACACUCAUCAAAAUUGCCAAGGCGCACAAAAAGUCUCCUCAACAAGUUGCGCUAAUGUGGGGGCUACAACGCGGCACGAGCAUCAUUCCCAAGAGCGUAACGCCAAAGCGAAUCGACUCGAACUUCGAUCUGGAUGGUUGGAGUUUAACGGAGGCAGAAAUGAAGGAGAUAGAUGCCAUAAAACUGCGCUUCAAAGUGGUCCAAGAUGGCUGGAUGCCGAUCAAGGUGUUCCUUGGUGACGACGAGUAG